AUGCGGAUUAUAAACGAGCCGACUGCGGCAGCAAUUGCAUAUGGUUUGGACAAGAAAGCUUCAAGAACUGGUGAAAAGAAUGUGUUGAUCUUUGAUGUUGGUAAGAAUGUAAAGCAAGGGCAGAUUAUUGUAGAGAAAGUAACUAAUGUGACUGAGAAUCCCAGUCAGCCUACCACCACUAAGGCAGUUCAUGGGCGGGCAGCCAAAAGCAAGGCAGACGGUGCUUGGCAUAGCCAGGAUGCUUGUGAUGAAAACAAAGAUUGCACAUAUGAAAGAAGCGAACAUGCUGUUGCCUUACGGCUAACCCAGAUUGAGGGGAGCGAACAUGGCAUACAAAACGAUGGAGGGGACAAGAAUUUCAUCGAAGUGAUUAUAGGGAAGGCAUCCAAUAGCCAGACAGCUACAAAAGAACAAAAUGCAAUGGAAAAUGAAUGUGGGGAAGGGGGCAUUCAGCUCAAUCUAGAAAAGAAGGGUCAGAUUAUCUCCAAUCUCACCCUACCGCUACAUGGAAUGGGAACUCAAAAGUGA